AUGAGUGUUAAUGCAGCCAAGAGGAUCAAUUCUCCGUGAGUAUUGUUAAACUAAAAAAUUAUAAUAGCAUCAGUUGGUCUUAAAUUCAGUUGCCAGCGACUAAGUAUUUUUUCUUUCGUAUAUCUGUUCAUGGCAUAAAGGAGAUUGUCUGAUGGAGUUCACAACAGUAAUAAAAUCGGAAAGUGCAAAAACAUAAGCGUAUUUUAUUAGUUCUUCAUUUGUGUUUAUUACUAUCCCUAUAGCUGCGAAACAAAAGUUAUAAACAUUUACCCGGUUGGAAUUUGGCUCUCACUUAAUGUAAUCUGUAACAGCUGAUAGAAUGUAUACAUCUUCCAGGUUAUUUGAUUCUCGACCAGACAGUAUUUUGUCAGUAACGCCUGUAAGCUGACAUGUACGCUAGCUAGUUAGUUUUUUAUAGCGUGAACUUUUCAUGUUAUAUGCGUCCUUUUUUUGCCACGAAUGAUAAUCAUGUCAAGCAUUUGUUAAUGUUAAUAUUUAGUCAUGUUCUUAUGUGGCUUUUGCUGAUCUAAUCUGCAGUCUGGCAUAAUUUAAUUUUGUGAUGAUGUGUAUCAUGUUUUAGGAAACCAAUGAUUUGGAAUGAAGAAAAGGAUGAGCUGCUUUGUAGAGAAAUCUUGGUUGUCAAUGUGUUUUGUGGCACCAAAAGGAGUACUGUGGCAAGAGGGGCAAAAUGGGAAAAGGUAGCUGAAAACCUAAACAAACUCCAAGAUGUAUAUUUUAAAGUGGAUAAGAGGGCAGUUCGUGACCGCUAUAACAAUCUUGCAAGGGAUCUGAGGAAAAAAAUCAAAAAUGAAGAGAAAGCAAGUGGUAUAGAGACUGAUAUGACAAACUUGGAGAAAGCUUUGGAAGAUUUGAUUGAAAGAGAGGAUGCGGCUGAGUCUGAGCAGAGAGUAGUUGAUGACCAGAAGAAACAAGAUAGAGAAAAUGCAACAGACAUGAGAAAAAGAGCAAUGGAAAGUAUUGGGCAGACAAAAAAGAGGAAAGAGUCCAAUGAUGAUGAAAAUGAAGGAAGAAAAUUUAAGAAGAGGUCAAGUGGUAAUGCAACA